UGCAAACUUUAGGAAGCCUUGUACCUUGAACAGUAUUCUUUGAUAUUUACAUUUUCUGGAAGUUGAAGACUGCUGAGUGCUGAGGAUGCACAUAUGGUGAUAUUUAAAUGCUAUUUACACUUGGUUGUUGCAGAAAAAUGCUCGGUGUCCUUAGGAGAUCAGGUAAUGACAUUAAGAAAGAUCCAGACAUAGAUGACAGUACCUUGUCUCGGAAAUCUCUGGAGGUGCUAAAGUUUAGUUCAUCUCCCACGGUUGUGUAUAUUCGUUGCUGCAAAUCACAUUGCUCUACAGAUGUGACAUUCUUUGCUUUGGAACCUAGUGGACGAUGGAGAGUUCUUGUUCUUCCACAGCAAUAUCUCUACCGUGAGAUCUGUUGGAAAUCACCUCAAUCACAUGUAAAUAGCUUGCAAGUUGGUUCUUUGUUGCCAUUAACUUCUCUCUUAUUUGGUAGACAGAAGAUUCAAAGAGUUAUGAAUGUUGACUCUACUCUUGAAUCAAUUAUGUCUAGCAGCUCUCUACACCAUGAAGGUUCUUUGAGCAAUCUAAAUGAAUGGAACAUGUUAUCAAUCACUUCUUCUGGUCAAAAUCCAAUCACCGAAUGUGAAUUUCCUGGAACCAUCACCCACGGAUCUGAUGCUAUUAGUGUAGAAGAUAUGUACAUUCACGACUCUAAGAAAGAAAAAUCCACAGACAAGUACUCAAGGAAGAAACCUAGGAAGAAGGGGAAACGGAACAAAAAUCUCAAGUGCAGUAAUGGCCUAAAUGAGCUGCAAUCUGCAGUUGGAUGUUCAAUAACUCAAGCUGUGAUACAAAAUAUACAGCAUAGAUCAAUUAGUUCUUCUGCUAAUAUUUGUAAUUCCUUGAUGAAUGAUGACAUGACCGUGAGCUCUAUUUCUCUUGGUUCAAGCAGUGAUGAAAGAUGUAGUCAGCGUGUCUGUAAAUCACCUCAUCCUAUUGCCAGAACAGAGGUUUCUUCUAGUGAAGGCAUCUUAAAGAGUGCAAAGCUGGACGGACCAGGUCAAAUUGAGGAGCUUAGAGAGAGGGAAGUGUGUUCAAAGCAGCAUGCUGGAAAUCUUUAUGGAACAGAAAAGAGGGACAAGUACAUUAGAAGAGUUCCCAAUGACUCAAAUGUCUAUGCAAGUAGUACCAGGAACCAGAAUAGCCAUUCGAGGAAGGAGAAUUAUCAGUAUAUUUGGAAAAGGGUUCAGAAGAGAGAUGCUGAUGUAAGCAACUGUGACUCGGAAAAGUUGAACUUAGGUUUCUCACAGUCUGAUGAUAGGUUGAAAAAGAAUACAUUGAAGAAAAAGUUUCCUAAUCCUGUUGAUUCUAUUAUAUUGUCACAAUCAGCCCAUGAAAAUCAGGAAAAGCUCAAAUUCCCUAAAAACCCCAGAAGACACAAGUAUCCAGGCUCACUGCAGGAGAAUGAAAGUCAAUGUGGAAAAGGAUCUCCAGUUAAUGGAGACUGUUCAAAUGCUUGUUUGAAGACUAACAUGCAAUCAGAUCCUUGCCAAAUAGCUUCGGCAAAAAGAUCAAUAAAUGUAGCAGAUUCUCAAACUAGAACAAGUUCUUUUAGGGCUAGAUACAAGAAAAGGAAUGUUCAGUAUGUCCCUUUAAAACCAAUCCCGAAUCCCAAAUCUUGUCCCCGUGACUUGGAAGCUAAAGAAAAUGUCCCAAUUGUUGUAUCCCGCUUGGAUGAUCAAAUGGUCGAACAUCAGUUUUUGUUACCUCGAUCAGAGAAAUUCAAUGGCCUGACAGAGCAGCAGGGGGAGCUUCUUGCUGCGGAUGGAGAGGAUGAUAAAAUGGACAAAGAAGUUUCUCCUUCUGGUCAAAUUAAGCAUGAGCAUGACACUGUCCCUCAAGCUUUCUCCAAAUCCUGGAUGCACCAAGAGCUUAAAGAUUCUGAGCUACCAAAUUGUUUGUCAGUGGGGACGCUUGUUGAACCAGAAAGAUGGACCUCCAAAAAUGCCACACAGGAGCAACUGGCUUCUAAAUGUCUAGCUCCUGUUUUUUCCUCAGUGAAUGUCAGAGUGAAAAAUGCAGGUCAACAUGUAGAAAAUAUUAAGGCAUCACCUGGUGAUACUCAGUUUGGGAAGUUGAAAAAUCAUAGCAUACGCACUCGAGAACUGGGCUGCAACAAUGCUGCUAUGGAAACGUUCUUCAAUCCUGAAACUAAAAGCAAAACCUUUCACAGUCUCGAAAAUGAUUGGAGAAACAUUGCUCAGGCAGUGAACGAUGCCCAUACGGCACAGCUAGCCUCUAAAUCCAUUGAGAUAGGUAAGGGAUAUCCUGCUGCUGAAUUUGAGAAACUUCUUCAUUCUGCCUCUCCAAUUAUAUGCCCAUCUGCUAGUAUUCAGACUUGUCAGGCUUGCUUCCCUAGUCGAGCUACUAAUGCACCUCUCUGCAGACAUGAGAUACCCAAUGUCGCUUUGAAGAACUUGUGGCAGUGGUAUGAGAAACAUGGGAGCUAUGGUUUAGAAGUAAAAGCGGAGGACCACGGAAAUGCAAGACAAUGUGGGAUGGAUGGUUUCGAGUUUCGUGCAUAUUUUGUUCCAUAUUUGUCAGCCAUUCAGCUUUUCAAGGACCAUAGGACUCAUCCAAUCCAUAAUGAUAAAAGGAAUCUGGGGUCCAUGGAGGUGGACUGUAAGAUGAGUAAAAUAUCUGAGGGUUCACCUAAAGUAGAUCUGCAUUCAAUAUUUUCUGUACUUGUACCUCAACCUCGUGCUGAGGAUUCAAGCUCUUUACUACAAAAAGGUGAUCUCUCUGAAUCAGGGUCAUCUUCAGAGUGCAGUACUGGUGAUUCACAUCAUAUACCAGAUGAAUUUGAGUUGUCUGAUGAUACGGAGCUUCUCUUUGAGUAUUUUGAAUCUGAGCAGCCUCAAAGGCGGCGACCCUUGUUUGAAGCAAUACAGGAACUUAUCUCUGGUGAUGGACCCCCCUCAAACUGUAGAUCAUAUGGAGAUCCAUCCAUCCUACAUACAGUGAGCUUACGUGACCUGCAUCCUCAUUCCUGGUUUUCGGUUGCAUGGUACCCUAUUUAUAGGAUACCCGAUGGCAAUUUGCGUGCUGCUUUCUUGACUUAUCAUUCACUUGGCCAUUUUAUUCACAGAGAGCAGUCAUUUAAAGACUCUAGUGUGGAUGCCUGUAUGGUUUCUCCAAUCGUAGGCCUCCAAACCUACAAUGCUCAGGGUGAAUGCUGGUUUCAGCCAAGGCACUCUGGUGACGACCUGACAGAGGAAUUCUUGGAUAUGGACCUUCAUACAGUUCUGAGAGAGCGACUAAGAACAUUAGAGCAGACUGCAUCAAUUAUGUCACGAGCUGUGAGAAAGAUUGGAAGUGAUACGCUCAUGAACAUACAUCCUGAUUAUGAGUUUUUCUUGUCCAGGCGACGCUAACUGUUUCUGAUCCUUGUAUUUUCUGUUUAUAAGAUGGUACUCUCUGUACAUAGCUUAGCGUACUGAUAGGAUCCCUUUUUCAGGAUUGGAAGUAAUGCUUACUGGUUACAGUUAAAAUCUUAUCUAUUUGUAAGCUUAGAGUUUCGUAAUUCAGCUGUUGUACAUAUUAAGACUUUUGUCUAGCUGGAAUCAAAGAAUGCAACGUGUUAUGAGAUGAUUUUU